AUGUAUGUAUGUAUCUAUCUCUGUAUGUAUGUAUGUAUCUAUCUGUAUCUAUCUAUCUCUAUCUCUAUCUAUCUGUAUCUAUCUAUCUCUAUCUAUCUAUCUAUCUAUCUCUAUCUAUCUGUAUCUAUCUAUCUGUAUCUAUCUAUCUCUAUCUCUCUAUCUAUCUGUCUCUAUCUAUCUCUAUCUAUCUCUAUCUAUCUGUAUCUAUCUAUCUCUAUCUAUCUCUCCAUCUGUAUCUAUCUCUGUCUGUAUCUCAUCUAUCUAUCAUCUAUCUAUCUGUAUCUCUAUCUAUCUCUAUCUAUCUAUCUCCCUAUCUAUCUCUCUAUCUAUCUAUAUCUCAUCUAUCUCUAUCUAUCUAUAUCUAUCUAUCUAUCUCUAUCUAUCUCUGUCUCUAUCUAUCUCUGUCUCUAUCUAUCUCUGCAUCUAUCUAUCUAUCUGUAUCUAUCUGUCUCUAUCUAUCUCUGUAUCUAUCUAUCUCUAUCUAUCUCUGUAUCUAUCUAUCUCUGUAUCUAUCUAUCUCUCUAUCUAUCUAUCUCUGUAUCUAUCUAUCUCUGUAUCUAUCUAUCUAUCUCUGUAUCUAUCUAUCUAUCUCUGUAUCUAUCUAUCUAUCUCUGUAUCUAUCUAUCUCUGUAUCUAUCUAUCUCUGUCUCUAUCUAUCUCUGUAUCUAUCUAUCUCUGUAUCUAUCUAUCUCUGUAUCUAUCUAUCUCUGUAUCUAUCUAUCUCUGUAUCUAUCUAUCUCUGUAUCUAUCUAUCUCUGUAUCUAUCUAUCUCUGUAUCUAUCUAUCUCUGUAUCUAUCUAUCUCUGA